UAUUAAUCUUUGAAACAAAAAUUUAGGGUAACUCAAAUGAGUAUUUGAACUUUUGUUUGAAAGAAAAUGAGUAUUUGAUCUAAUUAUAUUCAAAUUUUUACGAAUCAAACUUUAUUUUUACCAAUUAAAGUUUCCGAAAAGACCCAAAUCCUUUUUAUUCUUUUAAUGAAGUUUCUUUUGUUGUUCACAAAAGUCACAAGACUCAAAACUAUCACGAGUGUAGUAAUCCUAAUACUCUGUAGCUAAUAAGCAAAACCCGUUAAUAGCCUUAAAUGACCCUCCUCACUAGUCACCAUGCUACUACAGUUUCACAUUUUCAAACUCAAAUCGGCGCCUUCCUCACUUCUUUCGUGAACAACCACAGUAACCCCCUCACUCACUCUCCCCCCAAAAUCACAUUUUUGAAUCUUGAAUUUUUCUCUCUCCUCCUCUUCUCAUAACUUCCCCUCUUUUUUCUCAUCAAACUCACUACAAAACUCUAACCAAAACCAAAUUCAAAUCAAAAUCAAAAACACCCCAAAAAAAAUCACAAAAAAUGGGUUGUGUAUCAUCAACUCUCCUAAACCAAGACGAUGAUUUCCCACAAAUCGGAAGCACCGCCUUUAACCACCACAUUGUCUCCCUCACUUCCACCACUUACGGCCUUCUUUCGCUCGAUCCCCCACCACCCUCUUCCCCUAUGACACCGCCUCAGCCGCUCCCUCGCUUCUCUCUAACACCCAAAUCCCUACUCAUUGACCAGCCUCCUACCGAAGUCAUCAAUUCAUGGGAACUUAUGGCCGGCCUGGACUCAACCACACCAGAAAAUAAUGAGAUUCAAGACAAUAAUAGUAGUUUCAGAUUCACUCCUCAGUUAUCUAACUCCAAACCUUGUACCCCUAAAUUCUUCUCCAAAUUCAAAGAGAAUUCGAACCCGAAUACUAAUACUCGGGUUCGAAAACCCCGACAAUUGUUCUCAGAACCAGAUGAUGGUUGCGGAAAUAAGUGUAAAUUGGAGAAGUUUCCGGAAAUUUGUCCGCCAAAUGGGGAGGAUAAAGUAGUGCUCUACACUACUUCUUUGAGAGGGGUUCGGAAGACGUUUGAGGGUUGCAAUGCGGUUAGAUCGGUGAUUCAAGGUUUGGGUUUCGGGUUUUGCGAAAGAGAUAUAUCAAUGGAUCGCGGGCUAAGAGACGAAUUGAAGAAGUUGUUAGCAUCAUCAUCAAAGGGCGGAAAUCAUGAGGUGCUUGCUCCGUCUCCGCCACCGCUGCCUUGUUUAUUUAUAAAAGGACGGUUUAUUGGAGGAGUUGAUGAAGUGUUGAAAUUACACGAAGAAGGUGGCCUUGUUGAGCUGCUUCAAGGGUUACCGAGACUCGAGGCAGGUACUGUGUGUGAAGGGUGCGGUGAUGUUAGGUUCUUGCCUUGUUUUCGAUGUAAUGGGAGUUGUAAAUUGGUUGCGGUUGUCAAAGAGGUUGAUGAUGAUUAUAAUCAAGAUAAUGUUAUUAGUAAGAAUACUAAUUAUGUUAGUAGUGAUGGUGUUAAGAGGUCUGUAGUGAUUAGAUGCCCUGAUUGUAAUGAGAAUGGAUUAGUGCUCUGCCCUAUUUGCAGUUGAUCAAAUCAUAAAAUUAAUUUGUAAGUUUAUUUCUCUAUCUCAAAUCUUCUCAUUUGAGUAUUUUUAAACAAUAGUGUUAAUUGUAUGGUUAUGUUAUACAAGUACAAUAUAUUGUAA